AACAUUACAGUAACUACAUUUCCCAUGACGCCUCACGGUUUGCGACGUCAUUAAGCUGCGCAGGGCUGAGGUGGCGUUUGAGACGAGGUGUUUUCUCUGGCGGCUCACCUGGACUCCUUUGGGCGGCUUUCAUCAUGACUAAACUUCUGCAGUGGCUGUUCGGUGUGUCGCUGGUGGUCGCCGGCUGGGCUUUGGUCUCCUUCGACCUGUUGGACCUGAAGCUGCCGCAGCCGUACAGAGAGGUGGCCUGGCCGAUGCCUCUCUACCUGCUGGUGUCGUUUGGCUGCUACUCCCUGGCCACGGUAGGGUACCGGGUGGCCACCUUUAAUGACUGCGAGGAGGCGGCAAAGGAGCUACAGGAGCAGAUAAAAGAAGCCAAAGAGGACCUGAGGAAAAAGGGAUUGAAGAUGUAGAGCUGAAGAGACACUUUUGAGACUGAGAAGGAAAACAAGGACCACUGUGUUACUGGCGUGUUUUGUUUAGGUGCUGAGGAAACUGGACUCUGAACUGACACUGUGUUGAAUGUUUGCAGCAGACAAGAUGUGAAUAUAAAUCAUAAAUUGUAUUAAUCGGUAUUCUGUUUUGUUUAGUGCAUACUGUUGAGACUUGCUAAAAAAAUGAGACAUAAAAGAUUUGAUGGAUGUUUUUUUUGGGCUAUUCAUAAAAAGCAACAAUGUCAACCUUUAAAAAAAAUAUUAAUUCAGAUACAACCUUUUUUUAAGGUAACUGGGUUAUACUGUACUAAAAAUAUGAACCCAACAUGUCAUAUUUGAUUACAUUCUACCAAGUCUGUUUGAUAUAUGGAAAUAAAUAUUUGUCAUUUACACAUGGGAGCUCUACAAAUGAAACAACCAAUUGCCCACUAUAUUCUACACACAUAUUGAUAUAAUUGGCUAAAUUUUACCAGAAUGACUAAAAUGAGAUUUUUAACUUUUCUUGACGUCACAAAACAGAACCAUCUGCAUGCUGUGUUUGUAUUUUUGUUCAGUUUAAGAUAUUUAGCACAUUUUAAACUGCAUAAAAAAGCAAAGCAGUGAACACAAGCAGCGCUGUCUUUGCUCGAAAACUACACGCAGCAGAGUUAUUGUCACUGUGAUGCUAAAACGUCAUCUGUAACCAGCUGCUGUUUGCUGAAAUGCCAGCGAAUGACACCAGAAGGUCACAUUGCAACAGCCUGACUAAAGACUGUUUCCACUGAGAAUUCUGGGAUGCUAUCAAUCAGCUCUGUAACAGUCCCACACAGGCUGGACCUUGUUUUGUGUCUGGAGUUUGUCGCUUGUCAGUGUAGAUGGACUAGAUUUUUAUCUGUGAAUAAGCGUACAUUCCACUGUCCAGUUUCAGACUUGUGCCCUGAAGGGGGAUUGCCGAGAAUGAAUUAAACAAGAAUCUAUUUUCUUCAA